GUUCGGAAGUAUAAAGUUGUUGACUUGCUCAUUAGUAGUAGGAAAAGCCGGUGACGUUAGUGUUGAAAAGAGAAGAAAAUUAUUCCGCUGUUUAAAUAAAAGAAGUUGAUUUUGUGACUAAGAGAAGCUGGUAACGAAAAAUUACAAUGGUAGACAAGUCAUCUGAAGGCAAGACAAUGAACGACAAGAAGGCCAAUUCGGAUCGCAUAUUGGAUAACGUUUCUUCUGAUGAGGAUGACGAUUUCAUGCAAUGUGAAGAUUGUGGGGUCGACUUUGUGGAUGUAAAAAGUUACGAACAACACCUGAAGGGUAAAAAGCAUCAAAAAGCAAUAAAUAGAAUGAAAGCCAUGUCGAAAGUUGGGAAGAUGAUUGCAGAAAAUGGUGUUUCCAAAUCCGAAAGCGACGAAGAGAACGGAAGCGAAAUUCAAUGUGAUGUUUGUCAAAAAUCAUUUUCUGGUCAUGUUCCAUAUUACACUCAUUUGAAAAGUAAUAUACACGCGAAGAAUUUGAAGAAGAAAAAAUUACAGGAACAAAUGAAAGGGUUGCCUGAAGUUUUGAAUCACGAUGAUGAAAAGGAAGAAUCUGGUAAAGAUGAUGACGAUGCCAUCAUUCCAAAACCCAUCGCUAAAUGCGAGACCUGUCAAAAAGUGUUCUACGGCCCUGAGUCGUUCCAUCAACACAUGAAAAGCUCUGUCCACAAGAAGAAGAUUCAACAGAAAGCCAUCGUAGACACUUUUAAUUCUCAAGACAAAGAAAACAACGAAAAUGCAUUCACCUGUGCAGACUGCAGCAAAUCAUUCAGUGGACCAAUCCCGUAUAUGAUUCAUUUGAAAAGCGCAACUCAUGAGAAAGAAGUGAACAAAGCUCAAGUUGCGUCGGAAAUUAAAGAAUUUUGCAAAGAAACUGAUGAUAAACACAUAUUUGUAUGCAAGGAAUGCGAAAAGAAGUUUACAGACCCUUUCGCAUUGAAGGCUCAUUUAGCUAGCAAUGACCACGAGAAGCAAAAAGCAAAGAAAGAAAUUUUGCAGUUCUUGUCUUCGCAUCCAGAAAUCAUGAUGGUUGAGCCAGUGGAAAAUCUGGAUUCUGAUGAAGAGGCUGAUGAUUUGUUCUUCUUCGUCUGCAAAGUUUGCAAAGUUAGCCUAACUGGACCAGAGAGUGCGAAAUUGCAUGUGAGUAGCAAAAAUCACGUUUCAACAAUGAAGAAUAGGAAAAUCGUUGCUCAUCUAAAGCAGAAAAAGGCACAAGCGGACUCGAAAGCAUCCGAGAAAAACGUUCAAGAAAAUGGUUCCAAGAAGAUUCCCUCUCCAAGCGAUAAUUCAAAUCAACCUGAAAGUAUUCUUCCGCCAAAGGACCAUUCGAAUCUAAAUAACGAUGACUUUGAACUCAUUUAAUGAAAUUUUCGUGUAUAGAGAUAUUUUAUUUGUUUUUAUUUUGUCACAAUUUUAUUUUGAUAUGCCUGAAUUCUAGAUGGCCUUUACUUAGUAACUAUAUGAAAAAUCUAAAAACCAUGAAAAGUUUCGAUGUAGAUCAUACUCUUGAGCUUCGCACCACAAUGUUUUGCAUUAUCCUCUUAUUCUUAGCCGGUGACAAGUUUGGAUUAUUUCUUAAUUUUUAAUUUUAUGCUGUAGAUUUAUUAUUAUUAUUAUUAUUAUGCGAAUUCGAAUGACUUCUCUUGUUUUUAAAAUAAGACGACUGAUAAUUAAGUAUGAAUUUUCAAAGUAAUAUACAUAUAUUUAAUAUUAUGAAAUUUUACAAAAUAUUUUAGCCGUAAAUAAAUAUUUAUCCGUUUUCUACUUUAAGUUUUUUUUUCUUCUUACUUCCUAAUUUACAUUAAAAUACUGUAUCAAAAAUAAUAUUACACACACAUGAAGGUCGUAGGAUUUUUUUCUAUGUACUGCCAAUGAUAGCCUUUUAGCAAGACUUAAACCGUUUUCAAAUGAAUUUGCAAAACAAUUUCAAAUCAUAAAACUUAAAGAUGACACUAAAUAUAAAUUUAAAUACCACCUCCUUACUUAAGAAUUACCCCUGAGUAUGUAACUAAAUUUGAAAAUUCCAAAUCCAUGAAAUAUAUGAUUCGCCCAGGGCCACUAAAAUCUUAAGCACGCCACUGCUCAUAGUACAACGUGAGGAAAAACAAUUAAUUUCGUUUCUUCUUGUUCUUUUUCUUCUUUUUUAAUUGUUAUUAUCAUCUGCUUUUAACUAUGGAUUUUAACAAAAUAUUUCAUCCGUAACAAUCGUUAAUGUGUUUUGUACUUUACGGACUAGUUCUCUUAUAAAUUAUGCUUUCUAACUUGCUGAAAUACUGUACUAGAAAUAAUAUUACACUUAGAAUGACUUGAAUGAUGGUUGUAGGAUGUAAAUUAUUUCUUUUAUAUGGACUUUCAAUGAUAACCUUUUAGUAUGAAUUAAACUAAAAACCGUUUGAAAUGAAUUAGUAAAACGAUUUCAAAUCAUACUAGAUGGUCCUCAGAUUCCGAAUUUAAAAUGUGUAAAUUCAAUGUAUGGCUGUUAUAUAGGGUAGACGAUUCAUAUGAUAUUUAUUGUAACAAUAGAUUGUCAUGUGUUAAUUAUAUCAUAGUGUAAAAGUGCAAUAAAAUGUG